CCCCCCCUCCUCUCCAUCCUUCUUUACUCCGAACCAGAACCAGAACCUUCAUCUCUCCUCCUCCAGGCUUCACAUCCGGGUCAUCCAGUCUGUCUCUGCGUCUCUCUGUGUGUCUGACAGGAGCAGUCUUCAUCAUCUCCUCCUCACCGAGCUCUCCUGCUGCUCUCUGCCCGACGGAGAGGCUCUCUGAGCGGACUCUGCAGCUGGCGGUGCCCGGUGAGAGGAUGGAGCUGCAGCAGCUCGGGAGGCUCCGGUAGAUCCGGUAGAUCCGGUAGAGGAGGCUCAGCUCCGCGGUGUGACUACAGCUAUCCCUCCGUAACGAUGUCUAAGAGCCUGAAGAAGAAGAACCACUGGACCAACAAGGUGCACGAGGCGGUGGUGAGCCGCGGUCCCGGUCCGGAUGCGGAGCUGGGCUUCGAGCUGCGCGGCGGGGCGGAGAACGGACAGUUCCCGGUGUACGGAGAGCUGAAGCCCGGUAAGGGGCUGAUCCAGAGCGGCAAACUGAACCAGGAUGAGCUGCUGCUGGAGGUCAACAACAUGCCGGUGGCCGGACUCACCACCCGGGACGUGCUGGCCGUCAUCAAGCACUGCAAAGACCCGGUCCGCCUCAAGUGUGUCAAACAAGGGGGGGUGGUUGACAAGGAUUUGCGGCACUACCUCAACCUGCGUUUCUCCAAGGGCUCAGUGGACCACGACCACCAGCAGAUCAUCAGAGACAACCUCUACCUCCGCACCGUUCCCUGUACCACCAGGCAGCCUAAGGAGGGGGAGGUGCCGGGGGUGGACUACAACUUUGUGAGUGUGGAGCGUUUUAUGGAACUGGAGCAAAGUGGAGCCCUGCUAGAGAGUGGAACGUAUGAAGAUAACUUCUACGGCACACCGAAACCUCCAGCGGAGCCGUCCCCCGCAGCACCUCCUCUGAAUGUGAGUGAGGCCCUGCUGCCCGGAGCCCGGCCCAGCGCCCAGGGCAAGAGGAAGAGGAACCAGUCAGUCAGCAACAUGGAGCAGCGCGCCAGCCUGGAGCCGCCCGAGGAGGAGGAAGAGGAGAGCCCGGUUGUCAACGGCAACGGGGUGGCCAUCACACCAGAGUCCAGUGAGCAUGAGGACAAGAGCACAGACGCCUCUGGGGAAGUUGCUGUUGAAACGUCGAGCCAGGCCCCGGCCUCUGUGGAGCCCCCCACCGAAGGAGAGGAGGCCCCAAAGUCUCCCUCUAAAUCCCCCGCCAAAGUCCCCGACCUCGACGAGGAAGAGCUCGGUCCUCUGCCUGACAACUGGGAGAUGGCCUACACAGAGAAGGGGGAGGUCUACUUCAUAGAUCACAACACCAAGACGACAUCGUGGCUGGAUCCUCGGCUCGCAAAGAAAGCCAAGCCACCGGAAGAAUGCCGAGAAGACGAGCUGCCCUAUGGCUGGGAGAAGAUAGAUGACCCCAUCUACGGCAGCUACUACGUAGAUCACAUCAAUCGAAGGACUCAGUUUGAGAACCCAGUCCUGGAAGCCAAGAGACGUCUGGAGCAGCAGAGGCAGAUGCAGAGCCAGGGACUCUCAGCUCUACCACUGCCCACUAUAUACAGAGAGAAACCGUUGUUUACGAGGGACCCGACCCAGCUGAAGGGGAACUUCCUGUCCACAGCCCUGCAGAAGAGCAACAUGGGAUUUGGAUUCACGAUCAUCGGAGGCGACGAGCCCGACGAGUUCCUGCAAGUGAAGAGUGUAAUACCGGACGGACCCGCCGCUCAGGACGGAAAGAUGGACACAGGUGACGUCAUCGUCUACAUUAAUGACAUCUGUGUUCUCGGCACCACGCACGCCGACGUGGUCAAGCUUUUCCAGUCCGUACCGAUCGGUCAGAGCGUGACUCUCGUGCUCUGUCGAGGUUAUCCUCUGCCCUUUGACCCCGAGGACCCGAGCGGCGCGGCGAGCGCCUCCCUGACGCCCAUCGGUAUGGAGCACCGCCCCCUGGUGGUGAACGGCCGCGGCAGCUACGACCCGUACCUGGAGUAUCUGUCGUUGAGCUCCCAGCUGCCUCCUCAGGCUCUGGCCCAGGCCGGAGCCCCUCACCCCGGGGACACACAUCUGGAUGGCUCCUCCCUGCCGCCCACCACACCCGGUUCGGCAUCCGCGCUCACGCCUCACGACGACAACGUGUCCAUGGCCUCCUCGGGGACCGCAGGAGUCGCUGGGGUGACAGCACAGGGGGCGGAGCUUCUGACAGUUACUAUGGUGAAAGGACCGGAGGGAUUCGGGUUCACCAUCGCCGACAGUCCUACUGGUCAGCGAGUAAAACAGGUGCUGGAGCCGGGCUCACAGGGAGCGUCGGGGCUGAUAGAGGGAGACCUGAUCCUGGAGGUGAACCAGCAGCCGGUGGCUGCAGCUGGACACGGACGAGUGGUGGAGAUGCUCAAAGAGUGUCCUGUUGGAGCCGAGGCGACUCUCCUCAUACAGAGAGGAGCAACAGGUGAGAGACUGCCUGGCCACAUCUCUCCGUGGAAGGCCUCCAAACAGUUGCCUGACCAGUGGGAUCCACACAGCAGCCCCCAAGCAAACCUGUCCGGCCCGGUUUUGCCGCCUGGCACGCCGUUCCCAAACCAGCCACAGCACCGCACAUCUGUGCCCGACUCCACCGAGGGCUUCGACCUCAACAAACCUGACCCCUACGACCUUUACGAGAAGUCGAGGGCGAUCUACGAGAGCCGACGUCCAGAGUAUGAAGAGGUGGAGGUGCACCUGCUGAGAGAGAAGACCGGGUUUGGCUUCCGCAUCCUGGGGGGAGACGAGGCCGUGCAGGCUGUGAGUCCGGACGCCCGUGACAAGAUUGUUAUUGGCGCUAUAAUAGAGAACACUCCUGCUGAGCGCGACGGGCGGCUUCGACCUGGAGAUGAGCUCAUUUCUGUGGAUAAAAAUGUGGUUGCUGGGAAACCGCACAAAUACGUAAUAGACUUGAUGCACGCCGCCGCUCGCAACGGACAAGUCAGCUUGACUGUGAGGAGGAGAGUGCAGAUGCCUGGUGAACUGUGUCCUGUGAACGGACGCAGCCCCGGCUCCGUGUCGACACAACACAGCUCUCCACGUAGCGACGCGGCCUCGGCUUCGGGCCCUCCGGCGGUGGUCGUCCCGGCCGCCACCUCUCCUCCGGAUGCAUCCGCCCUGCAAACCAGCGACGUGGUUAUUCACCGCAAGGAGAACGAGGGCUUCGGAUUCGUCAUCAUCAGCUCCCUGAACAGACCGGAGAACGCCGCCGUCAUCACUGUGCCCCAUAAAAUAGGACGGAUCAUCGAGGGCAGCCCUGCGGACCGAUGUGGGAAGCUGAAGGUGGGCGACCGGAUCCUGGCUGUGAACGGACAGUCCAUCAUCAGCAUGCCGCACGCAGACAUCGUCAAGCUCAUCAAAGAUGCCGGACUAACCGUCACACUGCACAUCAUACCGGAGGAGGGAUCCCAUUCUGGCCCCGGCUCAGAGAAGCAGAGCCCCAUGACCCAGAAACACAGCCCCCAGACCCAGCCCAGCCCUGUAGCCCAGCCAGGCCAAGGAGGCACCCAGCCCGGCCAAACGGCCACUCAGACGGGUCAGAUACCCGGCCAGCCCGGCCAGCCAUCAGCUCAGACCAAUCAGACAGUGACCGGUCCUCCUGCACCAGCAGCCUCCCAGCCUGCACCGGCCGGCACCCAGCAGAGCCCGGUCACCCAGCCCUCCGGCCUCCCGCCACAGCUCUACCUCCACGACGGCAGGUCAGAGGUCAAAGCCAGACAGGAUGUCAAACCUGACUUCCGCCAUCCUCCAUUCACUGAUUACAGGCAACCUCCGGUAGACUAUCGUCACCCACCGGUUGUCGACUACCGACAGCCACCGACACUGGACUACCGACACCCGCCUGGUCUGCUGGACUUCAGGCAGCACCCUGCGGCUGCUCAGUUCCCCCUGGGCCUCCCUCCUGAGUUCAGGCCACAGGUUCAGCUGGAACAGGACUAUGAUUACUUCACGGUGGAGCUGGAGAAAAGUGCAAAAGGUUUUGGCUUCAGUAUCCGCGGAGGCAGAGAGUACAAGAUGGAUCUGUUUGUGUUGCGCCUCGCUGAAGACGGUCCUGCCAUACGGAACGGAAGGAUGAGGGUGGGGGAUCAGAUCAUAGAGAUUAACGGGGACAGCACUCGGGACAUGACUCACGCCCGCGCCAUCGAACUCAUCAAGGCGGGAGGCCGGCGGGUCAGGCUGCUGUUAAAGCGAGGCACGGGACAGGUGCCAGAAUAUGACUGUGUCGGCCCCUGGGAUUCCCUUUCUACAGCCCACACUGCCCUGCAGGAAGUGACCCUCGACCCCUACCCGACUCCAUCGCUCUCAUCCCACCCAGCCUCCGCCCCGGACUCCCCUCAUCAGCUCCAUCUAGAGGCCACAGCGUGCACGGCAGACAAAGCUCCACAGCUACCAGACCACAGCUCCAUGAGAGGGGCUACAGGUGGCAGGUCCACCCAGCAGAAGAGCAUCAUCAGGGGGUCUGGAGAGCUGGACUGUGGACCAGGGGACAGACAGCCUCGGCCUUUGCCUCCCAAAGCUGUCCUGGGGAGGUCCGUUGAAAGAAGAGAGAGACAGAGGGAGACUUGCUCCCCCUGCUGUGAGAGGAAGGGCGUGCACACACAGGCGCUGAGCACUGUCUGGCCCUGGGACCCGUAUGUGAGUGUGAACGGAGCCUCUCUAGGCGCUGGAGACGGACCUGUCAGCCUCCAGGAGAGGCUGGUGUCCAGAGGUCUGUUCCCCAGAGAAGAGGAGAGGGCCGGUGGCCACGGCGGGCUCUGCUGCCCCUCUAAAACCCUCGAAGAUCCUCCGGCGAGGAGCGCAGCGGCCUCCCCAGGGCCCUGGAACGUCCCUGGUUCUGACAAACUGCCCGGCACCCUGAGGUCCUGGACCUCCACAGUGAGCAGGUAGAAUGGAUCCUGCUGGUUUGGACCGGGUCACACUAUCUGGCUCCUCAUUCAGUCUGAGAGAAGCAGUAAAUCCCCCCCCACCCUCUCUUUCUGUCCUGUUUUCUUCUCCAUCUUCUUCUAAGAUCAUAUUUUAUGUUUCAUUUGUUCUUACCAGAUAAUUAUGAAUUAUUAAUUAUUACACCCACCACCUUAAAAAGCAGAGGAACUUUCACAGCUAUUGUAACAUACAGUAUCAAAUUGAUGGACCCUCAGAUGUGACGGUUAAUGUUCUGAUCUCAGACGGUUCUGAGCGGAGCUGUGCUGUCCACGCGUACCUUUAACUGCUCCACCAGACCGGGCUCAGACCGGAUCGGGCUCAGACCGGAUCGUAACCUCAGAUCUCAGAUGGAACGCGGUUCCUCGCAGGAGAGAGAGACAUAUGUCCAUCCAACAGAUUUACUUUUGCUCCAUUUUCUCUGAGCAGUGGGACGAGUGAGACUAAAGAUCUGUCAGAGGGAGGCAGAGACACGGACACUCCUGGAGGACACGGCACUGACCCCAGAGACGGCCCGGUUAACCCCCCAUACGUUAGAUCUCACAUGCCUACCGAUAUAUCAUAUACUGUAAAUGUAAAGAUGUGAACAAUAUGUACAUUUGGUUGUCUCAGAAGCGUCCCUGUAGGUGUUUCUGAGGCCGUGUUGUAGUUAGAGACAUUGUAAAGAAAAGAGAACAAACACCAGGACGCUAUUUCACGGCCUCGUCUAUUACUACAUAUCAGAGACUGUGUCGGUCAGCGGACCCAGACCGCCGAGGGAGGCGGCGGUCGCCUGCAUGGAUAUAAACCACCAUGUCUUUAUACAGGGACUCACAUGUCUUUUAGAGGUAGAACAUAGAGAGGACGUCCUCUGUGGAGCCGACCAGUUGGAACUCACGUGAGACAAAAAGAAAAUCUUUUUUUUUUCAUCAGAUUGAACGUUUGAGUUUGAAGACAGUCGGCUUAGUGAGAACUCAUCAUCCUGUUCUGAGUUAUGUAUCACAACCAGUCCACCAUGCAGUCAUUGAGCCGUGUUGUGUUCAUUUAAUGCUCAACGGAAGACUUUAGUCCAGUCUAUAUCUCCCAUUUCUAUGCCUUUUACUGUGCUAAGUGUACCACAUCACUGUGGGAGAGGGGCAUCGGUGUGUGGGGGGGAGGAGGCCGAUGGUUAGGAGGUGGGGCCGAGUGCCUUACUCGAACUAAUGCAGAGCUGCUGAAUGCAGAACAGAUGUUACUGAGCGUGCACAACAGAUGUUACUGACCGUGCACACGUAUCAGCACACUGUUGAGUUGUGGAGCCGGUUUCCUUCUGACUGAACACCGAGCAGCAGUAUAUAUAUACAUAUAUAUACAUAUAUAUGUAUAUAUACUAUAUAUAUACAUAUAUAUAUAUAUAUAUAUAUAUAUAUACACUAUAUUUAUAUAGUGUAUAUAUAUAUAUACUAUAUAUAUAGAGAGAGAGAGAGAGAGAGAGAGAGUUAUCCUGAUGCACUCUUUUCAAUGUCAGUGAUCGCCCUCGUCCCCUAGUGCUUCAAUGGGGACACGAUGUAGCCUGUAGCAUUACGUCCUCUUCUUAGAGUCCUCUGCGAGAGUGGAGCUGUGGACAUGUCUCACAGUGGACCGUCAGACGAGUCUCAUUUCAGCUUUAUUUCUCUAUUCUGUAAAGAAAACCAGUUCAGUUUGUGUUGUUGCAGAAACCCACGACUUCAGAUGACCUGUGGAACACUAAUGCAUUGAAACGUGUGUUCCGGCACAGAGUUUUGAUACCGGCAGAGUCGAGGCAUGCUGCUAUUAAACUGAGACACCCGACAUGAA